ACGCUGGCAGACUGGAUAUGCUACACAAGAACUGCAGUUCUCUUUGAAAAGGCAGACAUGGGUGGUCAUAAUGCCAUGGCUCUGUCGUCAAGGAGCAUCGUUUGGGUCAACGUUGUUGUUGAAUGAACGAAUGGAAGGAUUUAAACCAGCAUCACACCCACUAACAUGAAGGGACAUGGUGUCAUUGCUGUUGUAAAGGACAUUGCUCCGGCUUGGGAGUUUGUUUACAUCCACCGUGGAGGUGCUGCUUGUCGGAGGCCGCUGACCUGCCUCCUGCGCGGUGCGGACGGACUGGCUCCGCUCGUCGGCAGCUUCUUCACUUUCGUUUCCUUUUCGAGUCCUGGUGUGUGUCUGCGGCCACUCGCCUGAAUCCACGCGUGGCUCCGUCUCUAGCCGAUUGCCCGCGCCACCAUCUCCAAUACAGAAUAGCGAAGUCGCCGUGUCACGCUGGAGCCGGCGACCAUGAUUCAGCGACUAUUGUGUCGCUGCGGCUAGCUCGCCAGCUAGCGCGUGCUCCGCCUAAGGAAGCCGGGUGACAGGAAUAUGCUCUAAGCUGAGGAUUGCCAAAGAUAUUUCCUGAGCAGCAAAUAAAGGUUGUUGAAAAUGAAGGUGGACAGAAGCAAGUUAAAGAAGACGCCUACAGAGGCUCCUGCUGACUGCAGAAUCCUCAUUGAGAAGCUCAAAGCCUGCAAUGAUGAGCAGCUGCUGGUGGAGUUACAGCACAUCAAGACCUGGAACAUUGGCAAGUGUGAGCUGUACCACUGGGUGGACCUCCUGGACCGCUUUGAUGGCAUCUUGUGUGAUGCGGGCCAGACUUUGGAGAACAUGUCCUGGCUGCUGGUAUGUGACCGCCCUGAGAACGGACAGCUCAAAGCUCUGCUUCUGGCGGUUCUUAAUUUCACGGCCCUGCUCAUCGAGUACAGCUUCUCCCGCCACCUCUACAGCUCCAUAGAGCACUUAACAACCUUAUUAGCGUCAUGUGACAUGCAGGUGGUCCUGUCUGUGCUCAACCUGCUCUAUGUAUUUAGUAAACGCUCUAACUACAUUACCAGACUAGGAUCAGACAAGAGGACACCUCUUCUGGCCCGAUUGCAGCACCUGGCAGAGAGCUGGGGAGGAAAGGAAAAUGGUUUUGGUCUGGCUGACUGCUGCAGGGAUCUUCUCAUGACGCAGAAGUACCCCCCCAGUGCCACCACACUGCACUUUGAAUUCUAUGCCGAGCCUGGUCCAGAGAUCAAAGUGGAGCGGAAGCAGACGAGCACCAACACACUACACUAUAUUCACAUCGAGCAGCUCGACAAGAUUUCAGAAAGUCCAUCUGAGAUCAUGGAGUCACUGACGGUGAUGUACAACAUCCCCAAAGACAAGCAGACACUGCUGUUCACACACAUCCGGCUGGCGCAUGGUUUCUCCAACCACAAGAAACGACUGCAGGCAGUGCAGGCUCGGCUGCACGCCAUCUCUAUCCUGGUGUACUCCAACGCACUCCAAGAGUCGGCCAACAGUAUUCUGUACAACGGCUUGAUAGAGGAGCUGGUGGAUGUGCUGCAAAUCACAGACAAACAACUAGUGGAUAUCAAAGCGGCAUCCCUGCGCACUUUAACCUCCAUUGUUCAUUUGGAGCGAACCCCCAAGCUCUCCAACAUCAUCGACUGCACCGGCACGGCCUCCUACCACGGCUUCCUGCCAGUGUUGGUGCGCAACUGUAUUCAAGCAAUGAUUGAUCCUCAGAUGGAACCUUACCCUCACCAGUUUGCCACCGCUCUCUUCUCCUUCCUUUAUCACUUGGCGAGUUACGAUAAUGGAGCCGAAGCCCUUGUUUCAUGUGGAAUGAUGGAAGCUCUUCUGAAGGUGAUCAAGUUCUUGGGCGACGAGCAGGACCAGAUCACUUUUGUAACCAGAGCUGUGCGGGUUGUGGACCUCAUCACAAACCUGGACAUGCCUGGUUUCCAAUCCCACAGUGGCCUUUCCAUUUUCAUCUGCAGAUUAGAGCAUGAGGUGGACCUGUCGAGGAAAGAGUGCCCUUUUGUCAUCAAGCCAAAGAUCCAGCGGUCAAGUGCUGUUGUUGAGUUGGAGGACAUGGACACUGACAUGGAGAUGUCAGAAGUUGCCAUGGAAAGCAGUCCUGGACCGUCAACAUCCACGUCUAAACUGGAGGUGGACCACCGACCACAGAGCGGACCUGCGAAUGCCCCUCGUGCAGGAAUGCAGUGUAUCCCACAGAGAGCUGCUCUGUUGAAGUCCAUGUUGAAUUUCUUGAAGAAAGCCAUCCAAGACCCCGCCUUUUCUGAUGGCAUCCGUCAUGUAAUGGAUGGGUCCCUGCCUACCUCACUCAAACACAUCAUCAGUAAUGCAGAAUAUUAUGGCCCUUCACUGUUCCUCUUGGCGACCGAGGUGGUGACAGUGUUUGUGUUCCAGGAGCCGUCUCUUCUAUCCUCUCUGCAGGACAACGGCCUCACUGAUGUUAUGCUUCAUGCGCUUCUCAUCAAAGAUGUUCCUGCGACCCGCGAGGUUUUGGGAUCACUCCCUAAUGUGUUCAGUGCACUGUGUUUGAACGCCAGAGGCCUGCACUCAUUUGUUCAGUGUCAGCCAUUCGAGAGGCUGUUCAAAGUACUGCUGUCCCCGGACUACCUGCCUGCCAUGAGGCGGCGACGCAGCUCCGACCCGCUGGGUGACACUGCAUCCAACCUGGGCAGUGCUGUGGACGAGCUCAUGAGGCACCAACCUACGUUGAAGACGGACGCUACUACUGCCAUCAUUAAGUUAUUGGAGGAGAUCUGCAAUCUGGGCCGUGCUCCCGAGUAUGUGUGCCAGAAACCAUCCAUCCAGAAAGCAGAUGGGACCGUUGCUGUACCACCAGCACGCUCCAGCCACGCUGCUGAAGAAGCUUCCAGCGAGGAUGAGGAGGAGGAAGAAGCGCUGCAUACGUUUACUCAGCAGCAGGGGGAGCCAGAGAGCAACAGACAGUCAGUUCCGCUUGAACUGGUGGUCGGGACUGAGGAGCGGAUACCUAUUCCCCUCAUGGACUACAUUCUUAAUGUGAUGAAGUUUGUGGAAUCCAUUCUGAGCAACAACACCACCGAUGACCACUGCCAGGAGUUUGUGAACCAGAAGGGUCUUCUCCCUCUGGUAUCAAUUCUUGGUCUCCCCAAUUUACCAAUUGACUUCCCGACAUCAGCUGCCUGCCAGGCUGUGGCUGGAGUCUGCAAGUCCAUUCUGACACUGUCACAUGAGCCCAAAGUUCUUCAGGAGGGGUUGUGCCAACUGGACAGCAUACUGACCUCUCUGGAGCCGUUGCACCGGCCCAUCGAGAUGCCUGGUGGCUCUGUACUGCUCAGAGAGCUGGCCAACGCAGGUCAUGUCACUGAUGCAACGCUGUCUGCCCGAGCAACGCCACUGUUGCACGCUCUGACUGCUGCACAUGCCUACAUCCUGAUGUUCGUUCACACCUGCAGAGUGGGACAGAGUGAGAUCAGGGCCAUCUCAGUCAACCAGUGGGGCUCCCAGCUGGGCUUGAAUGUUCUCAACAAGCUGAGUCAGCUCUACUGUUCUCUGGUGUGGGAGAGCACUGUCCUGCUGUCGCUGUGCACCCCCAACAGUCUCCCACCAGGCUGCGAGUUUGGCCAAGCUGACAUGCAGAAGCUCGUACCCAAAGAGGAGAAGCUGUCUGGAAGCAACACAAGCAGCUCAUCAUCUGGCUCCAGGAAGACUGCCGACUCUGAGGCAGCGUCUGCAGAUCCAACAUCAAGUGCUUUACUGGAAGGAAUUGGUCUAGAUGGAGACACUUUGGCUCCCAUGGAGACUGAUGAACCGACUUCAACAGACCCCAAAGCCAAGUCCAAGCUCACCCCAGCCAUGGCCACACGCAUUAAACAGAUCAAACCGCUGCUCUCUGCUUCAUCUCGACUCGGCAGAGCAUUAGCUGAGCUCUUUGGCCUGCUUGUUAAGCUUUGUGUGGGCUCCCCAGUCCGCCAGCGCCGCUCCCACCACGCCACAAGUACCGGAACAACGCCCACGCCUGCUGCCCGAGCCACUGCCUCUGCCCUCACCAAGUUGCUUACCAAGGGCCUGAGCUGGCAGCCUCCUCCCUACACUCCCACCCCUCGCUUCAGACUGACAUUCUUCAUCUGCUCUGUUGGCUUCACUUCUCCAAUGCUGUUUGACGAGAGGAAGUACCCAUACCACCUAAUGCUGCAGAAGUUCUUCUGCUCGGGUGGACAUGAUGCCUUAUUUGAAACGUUCAACUGGGCCUUGUCAAUGGGUGGGAAGGUUCCUGUGUCCGAGGGUCUGGAGCACACUGACCUACCAGACGGGACAGGGGAAUUCCUGGACGCCUGGCUGAUGCUGGUAGAGAAGAUGGUGAACCCGAGCACCGUGCUGGACUCACCACACUCUCUGCCUGCUAAAAUGCCCGGGGUCACUCCCACCAUGCCCCAGUUCAGCGCUCUUCGGUUCCUCAUCGUUACCCAGAAGGCUGCGUUCAACUGCAUCCGCAGUCUUUGGAACAGGAAGCCUCUGAAGAUUUACGGAGGCAGAAUGGCCGAGUCCAUGCUGGCCAUUCUAUGCCACAUCUUGAGAGGGGAGCCGGUCAUUCAGGAACGUUUGGCCAAGGAGAGGGAGGGCGCUGCUCGCCCAGAGGAAGACGGCACUGCUACUGGACCUUUGGCCCCAAGCGCAGCUCCAGGAGCCCCAACCACGAGUGGUGAUGCCCCAGCAGCCACUGGAACGGCUUCUGUCGCGCCUACGGGAGGAUCAACGGACGAAUCGACCAACUCAACUCCUCGUCGUGAACCGCAGGUCAACCAGGCUCAGCUAACUCAGCUUAUAGACAUGGGAUUUACCAGAGAGCACGCCAUGGAGGCCCUCUUGAACACCAGCACCAUGGAGCAGGCCACCGAGUACCUGCUGACGCACCCUCCUCCCCCACUUCUGGGCGGAGCAGGACGGGAUCUGACGAUGUCUGAAGAGGAUCAGAUGAUGAGAGCCAUCGCUAUGUCCCUUGGGCAAGAGGUCAGCAUGGAACAGCGCUCUGACUCUCCUGAGGAAGCGGCACGUCGCAAAGAAGAGGAAGACCGUCGUGCCAGGGAGCGAGCGGAGGAGGAGGAAGCCCGUUGCCUGGAGCGCUUCAUGGAGGCUGAGCCCUUGGACCCCCAGUAUCUGCACGCAUUCACUGACUGCAUGCUUCCUGGCUGCUUCCAUUUGCUGGAUGAGCUCCCAGACACUGUGUACCGGCUAUGUGACCUGCUCAUGACAGCGAUCAAGAGAAGCGGUCCAGAGUACAGGGAUGUCAUUCUGGGUCAGGUCGUCCACCAGGUUUGGGAUGCUGCCGAUGUGUUGAUCAAAGCAGCGGUUCCUCUGACCACCAGUGACACCAAGACGGUGUCAGAGUGGACCAGACAGAUGGCCACUCUGCCGCAGGCCUCAAAGUUGGCAACGCGUAUUUUGCUUCUCACUCUGCUGUUCGAGGAACUGAAGCUGCUGUGCGCGCGUGUCGUAGAAACCAGCGGCAUUCUUGAUCUGCUCAUCAAACUGCUUGAAGUUGUUCAGCCGUGUCUGCAGGCUGCCAAAGAGCAGAAAGACAUCCAGACACCCAAAUGGAUCACACCUGUUCUGUUGCUGAUCGACUUUUAUGAGAAAAUGGCUGUUUCGUCUAAACGCAGAGCUCAGAUGAACAAGUAUCUUCAGCCUAAUGGGAAUAACUGGCGCUGGUUUGAUGACCGCUCCGGCCGCUGGUGCAACUACAGCGCAUCCAACAACAGUACCAUCGACUCUGCGUGGAGAGCCGGUGAGAGCAGCGUUCGCUUCACGGCAGGCCGCCGCCGCUACACGGUGCAGUUCAACACCAUGGUCCAGGUGAAUGAGGAGACGGGUAACAGGAGACCAGUGAUGUUGACAGUCCAGAGGGUUCCUCGCCUGCCCAAACCCGUCAAGGCUGGCAGCAUCCCAGACUCUGAAAGAGAAGAGAGUGAAAGAGUCAAAACGGAGGAAAUCCAGACAGACCUGGACUCGGGGGCUGCUGUGGAGAUGAGCCUUCCAAAGGACGAGUCGACGCAUCAGAAGGACUCGACGGCUGCUCCCUCCGCCGCCCCAGAGACUGAAACCUCUCAUAGCUCAGACAUCGUCGUUCAAGGCCUCUCUGAUGACAUGACCACCGUUCUGAUCCGUGCAUGCGUCAGUAUGAUCAGCGUACCUGUGGAUCCCGACACGCUUCAUGCAACGCUGCGGCUCUGUUUACGCCUCACGCGGAACCACCACUACGCCAUGAUGUUUGCCGAGCUGAAGAGCACACGGAUGAUUCUUGGUUUGACUCAGAGCUCCGGCUUCAAUGGCUUCACUCCACUGGUCACUCUCCUCUUCAGACACAUCAUUGAAGACCCUGCAACUCUCCGGCACACAAUGGAGAAGGUGGUGAGAUCAGCGGUGACCAGCGGAGCAGGUAGCACCACUUCAGGUGUGGUGUCAGGCAGCCUGGGCUCACGGGAGAUAAACUACAUCCUGAGAGUCCUGGGUCCAGCUUCCUGUCGGAAUCCUGAGGUCUUUGCAGAAACCGCCAGCAAUUGUAUCCGCAUUGCCCUGCCUGCGCCCCGAGGUGCUGGCACAGCCACAGAUGAUGAGUUUGAGAAUUUGAGAAUAAAAGGACCCAAUGCUGUGCAGCUAGUGAAGACAACGCCCCUGAAACUCUCUCCUCUGCCUGCAAUCCCUGACACCAUCAAGGAGGUGAUCUACGACAUGCUGAACGCUCUGGCUGCCUACCACGCUCCAGAAGAGGCUGAGCGGCAGGAAGAGCGUGCGGCCGCUGUACCUGGUGGUCAAGACUUGUGCCAGAUCCUGCAGGACAUUGGAGACGAGGUUUACCAGCAGUACCGUCUGCCUCGGCAGGGCAGUGACUUUGACUCCCAGUCUGCGUUUCAUAUCAACACGUUUCCAGCUGACGGAGCAGUGGCAGAGUCCUCCCAGUCUGGGACUCCACAAGGAGAAGCCUCCACACCGGAGGAGAUGCGAGAGGAGAAGAAGGAGCAGGAGGGCGAGAAAAGCGCUAGCUCAGAAGAAAGUAAAGCAGCCAAAGUUAAAGCCAGUAAGCCUCUAAUGCCGACGUCCACCAUCCUGAGGCUGUUGGCCGAGCUUGUGAGGUCCUAUGUGGGCAUUGCCACGCUCAUCGCGUCCUACAGCUAUACAGCGGGACAAUCUGAGCUGAUCAAGGAGGAUUGCAGUGUUCUCGCCUUUGUGCUUGACCACCUGCUGCCACACACCCAGAACUCUGAGGACAAGGAUACUCCUGCUUUGGCACGUCUCUUCCUCGCCAGCUUGGCUGCUGCUGGUACCGGCACUGACGCCCAAGUGGCCUUGGUCAAUGAGGUGAAGGCUGCUCUCAGUCGAGCCCUUGCAAUGGCAGAGGGCGCUGAAAAACAUGCCAGGCUGCAGGCUGUGAUGUGCAUCAUCAGCACUAUCAUGGAGUCGUGUCCCUCCACGUCCAGCUUCUACAGCACGGCAGCACCCAAGACUCAGCACAACGGCAUGAACAACAUCAUCAGGCUCUUCCUUAAGAAAGGACUGGUCAACGACUUGGCCCGUGUGCCUCACAGCUUGGACUUGUCGAGUCCCAACAUGGCCAACACGGUAAACGCUGCUCUCAAGCCUCUGGAAACCUUGUCCCGUAUUGUGAACCAGCCCAGUGGCCUUUUUGGGGGCAAAGGAGGCUCCAGCAAAACAAAACCAGAGCAUGACACCGUGGGCACCACCCGAGAUAGCAACAGCAACACACAGGAUCAAGGCGAGUCUGGUGAAACUGAGCCUGUGGAAGGGAACCACAGAGUCCAGGGAACUGACCCCGAUCUGAUGGAUGGAGAAGCCGAAGGAGACACUGUAGUCAUUGCUGGUCAGCCUGAGGUUCUGAGUACACAAGCCAUGCAGGUCGAGAAUGAGCUGGUGGAUUUGAUCGAUGAACUGUUGGAGAGAGACGCAAGCACCGUCAACAGCACCAUCAUAGUGGGACGCAGUGGCGAUGACGAAUCGCAGGAAGACGUGUUGAUGGAUGAGGCGCCGUCAAACAUCAGCCAGCCCUCAACUCUGCAGGCCAACAGAGAAGAUUCCAUGAAUAUUCUGGAGCCAGAGGAUGAGGAACACACGCAAGAAGAAGAUUCCAGCGGAAGCAAUGAUGAUGAAGACAGUCAGGAUGAAGAGGAGGAGGAAGAAGAGGAAGAGGAGGAAGAUCAGGAUGAUGAAGAAGGAGAUGAGGACGAUGAUGAUGAGGGCUCAGAGAUGGAGCUUGAUGAGGACUUCCCCGACAUUAAUGCUGCACCCCACAUCCGCUUCGAAAGGUUUGACAGGGAUGAAGACCUCAUCAUUGAGUUUGACAACAUGUUCUCCAACAACGCUGACAUCCCUCCCUCCCCAGGCAACAUCCCCAGCUCCCACCCACUGAUGGUGCGCCACGCUGACCAUGGCUCCCUCACCCUUGGGGUGGCUGGCACCAGCAGCCGUCUGGCACAGGGCAUGGGUCGCAGCCAGAGAACGCUGCGUCAGCUCACUGCCAACAGUGGACACACCAUCCACGUCCACUACCCUGGGAACCGCCAGCCCAACCCCCCACUCAUCCUGCAGAGGUUGUUGGGUCCGAGUGCCGCAGCAGACAUACUGCAGCUCUCCAGCUCCCUGCCGCUGCAAUCACGUGGUCGUGCACGUCUCUUGGUGGGAAACGAAGAUGUUCACAUCAUCGCCCGUUCUGAUGAUGAGUUGCUGGACGACCUCUUCCACGAGCAGAGCAGCACCGGGGGCCAAGCAGGCACCUUGUCCAGUAUUCCAACUGCCCUAACCAGGUGGACGGACGAGUGCAAAGUUCUUGAUGCAGAGAGUAUGCAUGACUGCGUUGCUGUGGUGAAGGUGCCAAUCCUGCAGCAUCUGGAAAGCCUCCGGGACGAAGAGCUGGAAGAGCGGCGAGAGAAGAGAAGGCGUCAGUUGGCAGAGGAGGAGGAGUCCAAACAAAACGAGAGACGGGCCUCUGGAGCUGAACAGUCCCGUGAACAGAACGUGCAGGGCUCAGGAUUGGGUUCAAUCAACGGCGCCGAAAACACUGCAGAGGGCGAGCAAGCUCAGGCCAGCUCAUGUCUGGACCCUCCAAGGGUCUCAGAGGGCUUCCUCACCGCUCCUCCAUCAGGAGAGGUUACGCCCACCACCCCCGCCCCCCACGAACAGGCCCUAGUUCGCUUGGAGGCUGCCAUCAUUCAGCAGGUCCCGCAGCCUAUCGCCGACCUGCUCCUGGCAGAGUCUCGUGCAGACUCCCUGGCUGCCCUGGCCGGGGCAGGGCUUCCACCCUUGUCCGCCACCGACAGGCCAAGCGAAGUGGAGGCGUCCCAGAUGGAAAUGUCCCCUGCACCUACAAUUGGUGAGCGAGGAGGAGGAGGAGAAGGAGGAGGAGGUGUUGUUGGUGGAGGAGCGUUGGAUGAAUGCAGGGAAGCUUCUCUGAGUCCAGAUAUCGUGGAAACCUCUGAGCCGGCAACAAUAGCUGUGUCUCAUCUGGAGGGGUCGCCAAUGGACACCAGCAGCCCCGCCUCUACCACCCAGGAAGACGCAUCUUCGAACACCACCCAGACCGCUCAGCUGUCUCAGGAGCUCUCUGGCAGCGGGGACAGUGCCCUGACCGACCGGCAGACAGACACGGACACUGGCUCAACUUCUGUCUCCUCAUCUGGAGAGACUCUUCCUCGUAGCGACAGCGCUGACAGCCAGUCACACGCCAUCCAAGAGGAGCCCCUCCCCUCCACCAGCAAUGAGGAUGAAGAUCCUCUCGCAGGCAUCAGUCUACCAGAGGGUGUGGAUCCGUCUUUCCUCGCCGCGCUUCCUGAAGACAUCCGUCGGGAGGUGCUACAGAAUCAACUGGGCAUCAGACCACCGACCCGCCCCCCAGCUGCUACCACUCUGCCUUCUUCCACGGCCCCCGUGCUUGGAGGACUAGUCACAGAGGUCAGCCCUGAGUUCCUGGCUGCCCUGCCACCUGCGAUCCAGGAAGAGGUCCUGGCUCAGCAGCGAGCGGAGCAGCAGCGGCGGGAGUUGGCUCAGCAGCCCACACAGGGAGACACGCCCCUGGACCCAGUGACCUUCAUCCAAACUCUGCCCUCUGAGCUCCGGCGCAGCGUCCUUGAAGACAUGGAGGACAGCGUGCUGGCUGUGAUGCCUCCAGACAUUGCCGCUGAAGCUGCAGCCCUUCGCCGUGAGCAGGAGGUUCGUCAGAGGCAGCUGAUGCACGAGCGGCUCUUCGGUCACAGUUCCUCCUCUGCGCUGUCUGCCAUCUUGCGCUCACCAGCCUUCACCAGCCGACUGGGGAGUAACAGAGGAGUGCAGUACACCAGACUGGCCGUCCAGAGGGGCGGCACGUUUCAGAUGGGAGGCACCAACCACCGACCUUCCAGCUCCAGCGUGGACUCAUUGCUGCGUCUGCGUGGCCGAUUGCUGUUGGACCACGAGGCCUUGUCGUGCCUGCUGGUGUUGUUGUUCGUGGAUGAACCGAAGCUCAACACCAGCCGCCUGCACCGUGUUCUGAGGAACCUGUGCUACCACUCUCAGACCCGGGGCUGGGUGAUCCGGAGUCUUCUGUCCAUACUUCAGCGCAGCAGUGAGAGCGAGGUGUGCGUGGAGACCUCGCGCCUGGAGGAGUCUCGUGGGAAAAGGGGCAUCACAGCAGGAUGUGGGGGCAAAGGCUCCUCCGCUGCCUCCCUGUCGUCAUCGCCUUCCUCCCUAGAGCUUCUGAAUCGGGUAGAGUCACGGAGCUCCAGUCAGCUUUCCUGGCUCUCUGUGUCUAUGGACGCGGCGCUGGGCUGCAGGACAAACAUCUUCCAGAUUCAGAGAGCUUCAGGGAGAAAACACGCUGACCGGCACUCGGCCGGGGGCUCCGCUGGCUCCACUGCUCUGGCGGGCAGCAUGUCAGGAGCUUCCGCUGGCGUCACAUGUACUGGGGGAGGUGGCUCCACCGUCCACAUCCACCCUCAGGCUGCUCCGGUGGUAUGUCGACAUGUGUUGGACACGCUGAUCCAGCUGGCCAAGGUUUUCCCCAGCCACUUCACUCAGCAGCGCUGCAAGGACCUGACCCUGUCCUCGUCUGAUCUGGAGUCUCGCCUGUGUACUGCCUCCUCUGUGGCAGGGAGUCUAAGUGCAGGCUCCAGAUCUGGCCCACAGUCUCAGGGUAACCCCUGCUCCAACGCCUCUGGCACCCAGAACUCCCUGGGCUCCUCUGCAGUCACGCCACAGUCUCUGGGAAUCUCCACAGACUUUUGGGACCUCCUGGUCAAGCUGGACAACAUGAAUGUCAGCCGCAAGGGCAAAGCCUCCAUGAAGACCGUGCCUCUGGGGGGCAGCGCUGAGGCUGAGGGGGCUCAGCUCAGUUUAGAGAGCUCCCCUCUGGGCCAGCUGAUGAACAUGUUGUCCCACCCCGUCAUCAGGCGCAGCUCUCUGCUCACAGAGAAGCUGCUGCGCCUGCUCUCCCUCAUUUCCAUCGCUCUGCCCGACAACAAGGCCACCGAGGUGCCUGCCGGACACCCCACCGCUCAGACCGCCAACCCAGCCUCCGCAGCCAGCUCAGGAGCCACACAGGUGGCGACGGCAGGCGCCGUGGCCCCUGCGAUUCCUGGACUUCAGGGCUCCGCCUCUGGCAUCAGUCACGUGGUCUCUCAAACGCCAUCCACCGCCAUCUCUCUACCAACGGCCACUGGACCAGUCUCCACAGGGAAGCUGAGAGGUCAGAGCAGCGGCAGCAGCAUGGAAAGUGACAACAAGAUGGCCUCGUCAGGACUCACUGAGAAGCAGCUCCAGCUGUCUGUGGAGGUGUUGACCUCACAUUCCUGCUCAGAAGAAGGUCUGGAGGACGCAGCUAACAUCCUGCUGCAGUUGUCCCGAGGUGACGGCACGACCCGAGACACGGUGCUGAAGCUGCUGCUCAGCGGAGCCAGACAUCUGGGCUACACGCUGUGCAAACAGAUCGGAACCUUGUUGGCUGAACUGCGAGAGUACAACCUGGAGCAGCAGAGACGAGCUCAAGCUGACUCGCAUUCCCCCGACGGCCCGUCGGAGGAUUCUUCCAUCUCCGCCCGACUGAAGGGCAAGAUGACCAGCAGAUUGGGGCACAGGUUCGACGGCUCAGAGAGUGUGGUGAUCGUGGCGGCGCAGAAGCGAACACUGGGUGGCAGAGAGUUGCAGUUGCCCUGCAUGAGCUCUCUCACCUCCAAGACCUCCACACAGAAGUUCUUCCUGCGAGUGCUGCAGGUCAUCAUCCAACUGCGAGAGGACACGCGCCGCGCCAACAAGAAGGCCAAGCAGACGGGUCGGCUAGGCUCGUCCAGUCUGGGCUCCGCCAGCAGCAUCCAGGCCGCCGUGCGCCAGCUGGAGGCCGAGGCCGACGCCAUCAUCCAGAUGGUGAGAGAGGGUCAGCGUGCACGCCGGCUCACCCAGGCCCCGCAGCCCACUGCCGCCCCUGCCGCCGUCGCUGCUGCUGCUGCCGCCGCUGCCGUCGCCACCGCCCCCCAUGCCCUCGCUGGUGCUGCUCCCCCUGCUGGCACAACUGCUGCUGCUGCAACGUCUGAGAUGCCGUCGGAGGCCCAGGCUGCCCAGAGAGACGAGUCCCCGAUGGACGUGGACCAGCCGUCCCCGCUGGAGACGGACUCCACGCCGCUGGACGAUGAGGCCAACGGCGGUCCGUCGGAGAGCGAGGAGCGGCUCCCGGACCUGCCGCUGCUGAGCGAGCAGCUGCUGCUGGACGAGCUGUGGGACAUGCUGGGCGAGUGCCUGAAGGAGCUGGAGGAGUCCCAUGACCAGCACGCCGUGCUGGUUCUGCAGCCGGCGGUGGAGGCCUUCUUCCUGGUUCACGCCACGGAGCGCGAGAGCAAGCCGCCUGUGAGGGACACCAGGGAAAGCCAGCUGUCUCACAUCAAGGACGAGCCCCCCCCACUCUCCCCGGCCCCUCUUACGCCCGCCACGCCCUCCUCCCUCGACCCCUUCUUCUCACGGGAGCCCUCGUCCAUGCACAUCUCCUCCAACCUGCCGCCCGACACCCAGAAGUUCCUGCGAUUCGCCGAAACCCACCGCACCGUGCUGAACCAGAUCCUGCGCCAGUCCACCACUCACCUGGCCGACGGGCCCUUCGCCGUCCUGGUGGACUACAUCCGCAUCCUGGACUUCGACGUGAAGCGGAAGUACUUCCGCCAGGAGCUGGAGCGUCUGGACGAAGGCCUGAGGAAGGAGGACAUGGCCGUGCACGUGAGGAGAGACCACGUGUUCGAGGACUCUUACCGGGAGCUGCACCGCAAGAGUCCGGAGGACAUGAAGAAUCGACUCUACAUUGUCUUCGAGGGCGAGGAGGGUCAGGACGCGGGCGGGCUGCUGAGGGAGUGGUACAUGAUCAUCUCCAGAGAGAUGUUCAACCCCAUGUACGCCUUGUUCCGCACCUCGCCUGGCGACCGGGUCACGUACACCAUCAACCCCUCGUCUCACUGCAACCCCAACCACCUCAGCUACUUCAAGUUCGUGGGCCGUGUGGUGGCCAAGGCCGUCUACGACAACCGGCUCCUGGAGUGCUACUUCACCCGCAGCUUCUACAAGCACAUCUUGGGGAAGAGCGUGAGGUACACGGACAUGGAGAGCGAGGACUACCCCUUCUUCCAGGGUCUGGUCUACUUGCUGGAGAAUGACGUCUCCACUCUGGGCUACGAGCUGACCUUCAGCACGGAGGUCCAAGAGUUUGGCGUGUGCGAAGUGAGAGACCUGAAGCCCAACGGCGCCAACAUCCUGGUGACGGAGGAGAACAAGAAGGAGUAUGUGCACCUGGUGUGCCAGAUGAAGAUGACCGGUGCCAUUCGGAAGCAGCUGGCAGCCUUCCUAGAGGGCUUCUACGAGAUCAUCCCCAAGAGACUGAUCUCCAUCUUCACGGAGCAGGAGCUGGAGCUGCUCAUCUCUGGUCUGCCCACCAUCGACAUUGACGACCUCAAGGCCAACACCGAGUACCACAAGUACCAGUCCAGCUCCAUCCAGAUCCAGUGGUUCUGGAGAGCCUUACGGUCCUUCGACCAGGCGGACCGGGCCAAGUUCCUCCAGUUUGUCACCGGGACGUCCAAAGUUCCUCUGCAGGGCUUCGCCGCCCUGGAGGGCAUGAAUGGCAUCCAGAAGUUCCAGAUCCACCGGGACGACCGCUCGACCGACCGUUUGCCCUCGGCUCACACCUGCUUUAACCAGCUGGACCUCCCGGCCUACGAGAGCUACGAGAAGCUGCGACACAUGCUGCUGCUGGCCAUUCAGGAAUGUUCGGAGGGCUUCGGUCUGGCCUGAGGACGAGUGGCCACACUGAAGCAAGUUCAAGUUCACGGACUGAUGCAUUUGAUUUGAGUUCUCUGUACAAAAGGUUUGGGAGUUUGUUAUGUUGAUCUUUUUGUUCUGGCUGUAAAAAGAAAAAAAAAGUGUUUGAACAGGAUGGUUAUAAAACCUUUGGGGAAAAAUGUUUGUGGUUUCUUGUUGCUAAUUUGUGACCUCACAAGUCGAUGAGGAACAUUUUUACGGUUGCUUCAUGAACAAGUUGUUCACAGGAAAAUGCACUUUUCGAAACAUUUUGUGGCAUUUUUAUGGAAGGAUGGUACAAAAUAUGAAGAGAACCUGAAGGUGAUUUAAAGAGACAAAAGAACCUUAAGCAUAAAUUCUAGAGUAUUUUUGGCUAUUAAACCGCUGACUCAGCCUGGAGCCUUGGUUCAGAGUGAAAUAACUACAUGAAUAAAUGCAUAAAAUCGC